AUGCCUACCUAUAUUCCCAUGUUGUACAAAUACUCAAGAUUGGUUCAUAUUUGGUACGAUGGCGAAAACAAUUUUUUUCAUAAAUUUAAAGUUUGGUUUCAUUUAACAGUGGGAUUAUAUUUUGUUAUUGAUAUUCACCUAAAUGGCGUUUACGUUUUCACACAUUUGAAGGAAUCGUCAUCUAUCGCAAUAUCAGAAGCAAUUUAUGCCGUAAUUUGCGGUAUAAACAUUUAUUACAAUUACAUAGUAACGCAUUUGAUCCAAAAACGUUCCUUAAAUUUAUUCGAAGAACUCCAGGAUUUUACGAAAUUCGGGGAACCACCGAUCGCUAAGAAACACAUGGGUAUCGUCGACAUUUUAAACAUUUUAAUAUGUCUCUAUAUAUUUUUGGGUUCCUGUGUGGUUCUUUGCCAAACCAUAUUUAUACAAAUUUUUAUUUGCCCCAAAGGAAUUUCUGAUGAAAUUGCCGUACAUUGUGCCGGAUAUCCGUUACAAAUAAAAUAUUAUUUGUAUUCGGUCGAAGAAGGAUUUCUUCAUUAUUUACACGUAGGGAUUGCUUGGUAUUUUACUAUUUACUUAUUGGAGGUCGGAGCCCUAUCCGGGGCUGCUUGUUUUACUGCCUUUGAGUUGGUAAUUGUUAGGUUAGAACAUCUUAAAGAGAAAAUUGGAGAAAUUUUUGACGUCGUUACAGAAAAAGAAAGAAAAGCUCGACUUAGAAAUUGUAUUCGUUAUUAUAUUUACAUCGCGCGAUUAGUUGAUCGUAUAAAUACAUGUUACAACAAAUUUCUUGCUCCUUGCCAGGUCACUUACAGCGUCAUCAUUGGAGUGAGCUUUUUAUCAAUUCUUAACCACCAGGAACUUAAAGCAAUUAUCAAUGUGAUGGGUUGGAUUAUGGCGAUUUUUUUGAAUUGUCUAUGUGGUGAAAGAAUGAUACUUAAAAGUGUUGAAAUCGCCACAGUUUUAUACGAUACGAAAUGGUACNUUUUACAAACAAUAAAUUUAAUGGGAUUAUAUUUUGUUAUUGGUAUUCAAUUACAUUGUUUCCAUAUUUUAACACAUUUGAAGGAAUCGUCAUCUAUCUUGAUAUCGGAAUCAAUUUAUGCCGCAGUUUGCGGCAUAAAUAUUUAUUACAAUUACAUAAUAACCUUUUUAAUCGAAAAACGUUCCUUAAAUUUAUUCGAAGAACUCCAGGAUUUUACGAAAUUCGGGGAACCACCGAUCGCUAAGAAACACAUGGGUAUCGUCGACAUUUUAAACAUUUUAAUAUGGAUUACUGAUAAAAUUGCGUUAUAUUGUACCGGAUAUCCGGUCCAAGUAAAAUAUUAUUUGUAUUCGGUCGAAGAAGGAUUUCUUCAUUAUUUACACGUAGGGAUUGCUUGGUAUGUUAUUACUUACUUAUUGGAGGUCGGAGCCUUAUCCGGGGCUGCUUGUUUUACUGCCUUUGAGUUGGUAAUUGUUAGGUUAGAACAUCUUAAAGAGAAAAUUGGAGAAAUUUUUGAGGUCGUUGCAGAAAAAGAAAGAAAAGCUCGACUUAGAAAUUGUAUUCGUUAUUAUAUUUACAUCGCACGAUUAGUUGAUCGAAUAAAUAUAUGUUACAACAAAUUUCUUGCUCCUUGCCAGGUCGCUUACAGCGUCAUCAUUGGAGUGUGCUUUUUGUCAAUUCUUAACAAUUGCGAAGUUAAACCAAUUAUGAAUGUGGUGGGUUGGAUUAUGGCGAUUUUUUUGAAUUGUCUUUGUGGUGAAAGAAUGAUAUUUAAAAGUGUUGAAAUCGCCACAGCUUUAUACGAUACGAAAUGGUACAAAGGGAGCCCUUCGAUUCGUAAGGAUAUCGCUUUUAUGAUGAUGCGCACGCAAAAACCGUUGUAUUUAAGAACUGGGCCGUACGGAAUUUUUUCGCUGCUUACUUUCAAAUCGAUUAUGAAAGGUGGUUACACUUAUGCCACAAUGAGAAAUCACUCGAAUUCAUAAAAAAUAGAUACAGGCGAAGACAC